UAAAACAGUGAAAUCAUGGCUCAUUCAAAGACACGAGCCAAUGAUGGAAAAAUUACGUAUCCUCCAGGAGUCAAAGAAAUCUCUGAUAAAAUAUCUAAAGAAGAGAUGGUGAGGCGGUUAAAGAUGGUUGUGAAAACAUUCAUGGAUAUGGACCAGGACUCGGAAGAAGAAAAGGAACUGUAUCUAAAUCUUGCAUUACAUCUUGCUUCAGAUUUUUUUCUCAAACACCCUGAUAAAGAUGUGCGCUUGCUGGUAGCAUGUUGCCUUGCUGAUAUUUUCAGAAUUUAUGCUCCUGAAGCUCCAUACACCUCACCAGAUAAACUGAAAGAUAUAUUUAUGUUUAUAACAAGGCAACUGAAAGGAUUAGAAGAUACAAAAAGCCCACAGUUCAAUAGAUAUUUUUAUUUACUUGAGAAUAUUGCUUGGGUCAAAUCUUAUAAUAUAUGCUUUGAGCUAGAAGACAGCAAUGAAAUUUUCACACAGUUGUACAGAACGCUGUUUUCCGUAAUAAACAAUGGUCAUAAUCAAAAAGUACACAUGCACAUGGUGGAUUUGAUGAGCUCUAUCAUUUGUGAAGGAGAUACUGUGUCUCAGGAGCUUUUGGAUACAGUUUUAGUUAAUCUAGUGCCAGCACAUAAGAAUUUAAACAAGCAAGCAUAUGACUUGGCAAAGGCUUUACUAAAGAGGACAGCUCAAGCUAUUGAACCGUACAUUACUAACUUCUUUAAUCAGGUGCUUAUGCUUGGGAAAACUUCUAUCAGUGAUCUGUCAGAGCAUGUCUUUGACUUAAUUCUGGAGUUGUACAAUAUUGACGGUCAUCUCUUGCUUUCUGUUUUACCGCAGCUUGAAUUCAAACUUAAGAGCAAUGACAAUGAAGAACGCCUGCAGGUUGUAAAACUACUAGCAAAAAUGUUUGGGGCAAAGGAUUCAGAGUUGGCAUCUCAAAACAAACCACUUUGGCAGUGCUACUUGGGGAGGUUUAAUGAUAUCCAUGUACCUAUCCGGCUUGAAUGUGUGAAAUUUGCUAGCCACUGCCUUAUGAACCAUCCAGAUCUAGCAAAAGAUUUAACAGAAUACCUUAAAGUAAGGUCACAUGACCCUGAAGAAGCCAUUAGGCAUGAUGUUAUUGUAUCCAUAGUUACUGCUGCUAAAAAAGAUCUUUUGCUUGUAAAUGAUCCCCUGCUUAAUUUUGUGAGAGAGAGAACACUGGACAAACGGUGGAGAGUGAGAAAAGAAGCUAUGAUGGGACUUGCCCAGAUAUACAAGAAAUAUUCAUUACAGUCAGAAGCGGGGAAAGAAGCUGCAAAACAAAUUUCAUGGAUCAAGGACAAACUGCUGCAUAUAUAUUAUCAAAACAGUAUUGAUGACCGAUUGCUUGUUGAACGCAUCUUUGCUCAAUAUAUGGUCCCUCACAAUUUGGAAACAAAUGAACGAAUGAAAUGUUUAUAUUACCUUUAUGCAACACUGGACUCAAAUGCUGUGAAAGCAUUAAAUGAAAUGUGGAAAUGUCAAAAUCUGUUACGACACCAGGUAAAGGACUUGGUCGACUUAAUUAAACAGCCCAAAACAGAUGCCAGCAGUAAAGCUAUAUUCUCAAAAGUGAUGGUCAUUACAAGAAACUUGCCAGAUCCUGGUAAGGCUCAGGAUUUCAUGAAGAAGUUCACUCAAGUUCUGGAAGAUGAUGAGAAAAUAAGAAACCAGUUAGAAAUGCUUGUUAGCCCAUCAUGUUCUUGCAAGCAGGCUGAAGGAUGUGUGCGAGAAAUUACAAAGAAGUUGGGCAAUCCCAAACAACCUACAAACCCUUUCCUGGAAAUGAUUAAGUUUCUUCUAGAGAGGAUAGCUCCUGUGCACAUUGAUACAGAAUCAAUCAGUGCCCUUAUCAAGCAAGUAAACAAGUCUAUAGAUGGAACAGCAGAUGAUGAAGAUGAGGGUGUACCUACUGAUCAGGCAAUCAGAGCAGGUCUUGAAUUGCUUAAGGUCCUGUCAUUUACACACCCUAUCUCAUUUCAUUCAGCUGAAACAUUUGAAUCCCUUCUGGCUUGCCUGAAAAUGGAUGAUGAAAAGGUGGCAGAAGCUGCAUUACAAAUUUUCAAAAACACAGGAAGUAAAAUUGAAGAGGACUUUCCUCACAUCAGAUCUGCUUUGCUCCCAGUCUUGCAUCACAAAGCUAAAAAAGGCCCCCCUCGUCAGGCCAAGUAUGCCAUUCACUGCAUCCAUGCAAUAUUUUCCAGCAAAGAAACACAGUUUGCACAGAUAUUUGAGCCACUGCAUAAGAGCCUUGAUCCAAGCAACCUUGAACAUCUCAUUACACCAUUGGUUUCUAUUGGUCAUAUAGCCAUGCUGGCCCCAGACCAAUUUGCUGCCCCUUUGAAAUCCUUGGUAGCCACCUUUAUUGUUAAAGAUUUGCUAAUGAAUGACAGGCUUCCUGGGAAAAAGACAACUAAACUUUGGGCUCCAGAUGAGGAAGUUUCUCCAGAAACGCUUGUCAAAAUUCAGGCCAUUAAGAUGAUGGUUCGAUGGUUGCUAGGAAUGAAGAAUAACCACAGUAAAUCUGGAACUUCUACUCUGAGAUUGCUAACAACAAUAUUGCACAGUGAUGGAGACUUGACAGAACAGGGAAAAAUUAGUAAACCCGAUAUGUCUCGUCUGAGGCUGGCUGCUGCUAGUGCUAUUGUGAAGCUGGCACAGGAACCUUGUUACCAUGAAAUCAUCACAUUAGAACAAUACCAGCUGUGUGCAUUAGCCGUUAAUGAUGAGUGUUACCAAGUUAGACAAAUAUUUGCUCAGAAACUCCACAAAGGCCUUUCCCGACUACGGCUCCCUCUGGAAUAUAUGGCCAUUUGUGCGCUGUGUGCAAAAGACCCAGUGAAGGAAAGAAGAGCACAUGCUAGGCAGUGCCUUGUGAAAAACAUAAACGUGAGAAGAGAAUAUCUGAAGCAGCAUGCAGCAGUGAGUGAAAAACUAUUGUCACUUCUACCAGAAUAUGUUGUUCCAUAUACUAUCCACCUUCUGGCACAUGACCCAGAUUAUGUGAAAGUCCAGGAUAUUGAACAACUUAAGGACAUUAAAGAGUGCCUGUGGUUCAUACUGGAAAUACUGAUGUCUAAAAAUGAAAAUAAUAGUCAUGCGUUUAUCAGAAAAAUGGUGGAAAACAUUAAGCAGACAAAAGAUGCUCAAGGACCAGAUGAUCCAAAAAUGAAUGAAAAACUCUACACAGUUUGUGAUGUAGCAAUGAAUAUCAUUAUGUCAAAGAGUACAACAUACAGUUUGGAAUCCCCUAAAGACCCAGUACUUCCAGCUCGAUAUUUCACGCAGCCUGACAAGAAUUUCAGUAACACCAAAAAUUAUCUCCCUCCGGAAAUGAAAUCUUUUUUCACUCCUGGAAAGCCCAAAGCAGCCAAUGUUCUUGGAGCAGUUAAUAAGCCUCUUUCGGCAGCAGGCAAGCAGUCCCAAUCCAAAUCUUCACGAAUGGAAACUGUAAGCAAUGCCAGCAGCAGUUCAAAUCCAAGCUCUCCAGGAAGGAUCAAAGGGAGGCUUGACAGUACUGAGAUGGACCACAGUGAAAAUGAAGAUUUCACAAUGGCUUCACCUUUACCAGGAAAGAAAACUGACAAGAGGGACGACUCUGAUCUUGUAAGGUCAGAGAUGGAGAAGCCCAGGGGUAGAAAGAAAGCAACCAUCACAGACUCAGAAGAGAAGUUGGGCAUAGAUGACCUGAAUAAAUUGGGGCAGGAACAGAAACUUAGAGGGAGUCAGCGGGGGAGGAAGAGAGCUGCAGUUGUUUCAGAAUCUGAUGAAGCACAGUGGCCAGAGGAAAAGAGGCUAAAGGAAGAUGUAUUAGAAAGUGAGGAUGAACAAAACAGUCCACCAAAGAAGGGAAGAAGAGGACGACCUCCUAAAGCAGCUAGUGGGGGUACACCAAAGGAAGAACCAGCAGCAAAGACAUCUAAAAGGGGCAGAAAAAAAGCAGUGCCCGUAGCAUCGGUAGUGGAGGAAGAGGAAGAGGAGGAGGAGGAAGGGCAAAGUGAAAACGUGGAACAGAAGCCAAAAGGCAGGCAAUACAGGACACCAAGAAGAGCGCAACAAAGAGUAGAACCAUCUGAAACUAGUGCAGUUGAAUCAACACAGUCUACACCACAGAAAAGACGAGGAAGGCCACCAAAAACACCACCAUCACAGCAAAAAAAAGGCCGUGCUGGACGCACCAAACAAGCAGCAAGUAAAGAAAAUGAAUCUAGUGAAGAGAUGGAUAUAUUUCAGGGCAGUUCUCCUAUCAGUGAUGACAUUCCCCAAGAAGAAGUAAUGGAGGAAGAGGAAGUUUCCACGAUCAGUGUACGUCGCAGAACUUCCAAAAGAGAGAGGCGAUGAGGAAGCACGUAAUUAUCCACGUUCCAAGGUGAAAGCUUUGAAGAAUGUUCAUAAUUUGAAGCUUGAGGCUGAAUGAAGCUGUUAGUGCACAAAAUGGGGUUGCUGAAGACAAAAACUUACUUUACAUUUACUACCCCUACGUUUGCAGUCCCUAGGUCACAAGCUUUAGCCACACACGUUGAUAUCAUUAACUGUGGAUUUUUGUGAAGUGUAAUGUGCGCUGCCUUUGUAGACAUAUGAACUAAAGAAGAAAAGUGUAAAUAGCCCUUUUUUAAUGUUUCUGACUUCUGAAGUGCUUGUAUAGCUUUUAUCAGUGGCUUUAAACUGACAGUGCCCAACUGUUUAUUAGAUCUGUUGAUUUUAAAAAAAGAAAAAAGUUUUUGUUAGAAUGGAUCUCAAGCAAUAUCUGUCAGUGUUCAUAUUUGUACUCUCCUUGACAUUUAACUGUGAAAAAAAAAUCAGUUGAAUAAAUAGUGCCAUUUUCUUUUGCCACUAUUUGUUGGGGGGGGGAGGGGAGAAAGAAAAGGAAUGAUCUUUGUUUCCUUUGUAUAUCUAAUCUAGAGUUUACUUCUAAGCACCCACCUGUCAUCAAAGUGCUAAAUUACUUUCUUUUACCAGUGAAUGAUGUCCGAUAGAAUACUACAACAUAUUCAAAUUGUGAAAUAAGUUGUCUGAUUCACUUUACACCUCAGUAUUGAUGCCAGGCUUUUCUGGACUUCUAGUGGCAUUGAAAAUUCAGAAAGGAUUUAAAAUAUUUUAAUUUUAAAAAUGUGUUAUUAAAUAAUGUACUGAAUACCCUAUCCAUUUUAUCUUCCCCUAUCAGUUUUUAUUAAUCUACUGUAUCAAUAAAAUUCUGUAACUGAAUGAGUUUUUAAUAGUCUAGUAUGUUGAUGUGUAUAGAUAUUUCCUCCUGAACAUUAUGUUCACACAGAGCAAAUUAUUACUACAUUAUAAUAUGAAAUCUGAUAUAUAAACAUUAGUGAAAAUACAGUUCUCUUAUUACAAUGUAAAGUUAAUCACAAAGAAAAAAAAAUUUUAUUGAUGCAGUGUGUCUUUAUAAAGCUGUUCUUGAGAGCCAAGUGUUUUGUAUUUUAUAGUGAGUUGCAUGUUUAUGAAAAAUGUGCUGAAAAUGGGAUGUAAUUUUUUUCGGAAACUUCGUAUCUAGCAGUAGUAUAUGGUAGGUUGCUUCAUGAGAGCACCUUCUACCAAGAGUUUAUUGUACUUAUUUUUUGUGAGCCAAAUUUUUUUUGGUAUGAAGAGCUAAAUUGUCAUUGAAUGACCAGCUGUAGGUCUUUGCAGUCAGGUAUUCAAGAUUUGAAUGAAGCUCGCUUUUAUUUAGUGCUACUUUAGAGUUGUUGAAUUUUUGUUGUUUGGGUGUAAUCUACAAAGAACAGAGAUGAAAUAUGUAAGGCAGUAUCCUGUGUGCAGUUUUACAAACUGUCUUUGAACCAAAAUGUAUAGGUUAUUAUUUUAUGCUUAGCCAAGCACGUUUUUAUAAUUUCAGGUGCACUUCUCCCUCUGGUUCCUUGCAGUUGACGUGAAAAAGAUCAGUUUCUAACUUAUUAAAUCUUUAUCUCAUUGAAUAAUGGAGCAUUUUCAUAUAACCCAUCAAAGCAUAUGUUCUUAAGUUAUAUUUGCAAGAUAGUACAUAGAGCAUAGGGAUGUGAGAGAGAAUGAUAGUGUUGAAACAUGGUUUUACCGAUUUCAAGACUACAUCAUAAGAAAUGUGACUGUUUUCUUUUGACUUUUUCAAUUUAAAAUUUCUGUUCAUUGAAAUCUUUAUUUUCAAAAAGUAGAUUAUUCUGCCUCUACUUAAGUUUUUCCCAGUAUUCAGCUAUUCUACAGUUAUACCCAUGAAUAUGGGGGAACUGCUGCCCAUAAGGGCAGUUAAAGUUGGUUUAAGUGACUGACUUUGAAAUUUUCAUUAGCACAACUAACCUGAAUAGCUUAUUUACACUUCAGCAGUGCAAAUGCAAGUUUUUUAUCCUAUAAAAUAAAAUUUGAAAGUUAACUUUAUAUUUUCUUCAUUGACAGAAUUGCACUGAAAACAUUUAUGGAAGAUAUGUCUUUAAGUCCAUUUUAUACAAAAUAUGAAAAAUUGGUGUUGAAAAUGCUGCAGGCUGUUGGUUAUAUGUCCAUAAGCAUGAUUAGAUCAAAUUUCAUUGAAUAUAGAUGUACAACAACUGAUCAUAAAAUAUGAUUAAUGUAAAUUUAAACUAUAGUUUUGCAAUUUAAAUGUUUAUUUUUUGGGU